AUCUCGUGCCCACACUACACGCCUCCCGAAGCUACCGGAAGUGACGCUCGGUCCCGACCAAGAUGGCGUCUCCGGGCCCGAUGGUGAUCGCGAUGCGUCUCAGGAACCAGUUACAGUCGGUGUACAAAAUGGACCCUCUGAGAAACGAGGAGGUGGUUAAGGUGAAGAUCAAGGAACUUAACGAGCACAUUGUGUGCUACCUGUGCGCCGGAUACUUUAUAGACGCUACAACCAUCACUGAGUGUCUGCAUACAUUCUGUAAGAGCUGUAUAGUAAAAUACCUACAGACCAGCAAGUACUGCCCCUUGUGCAACCUCAAAAUCCACGAGACCCAGCCCCUACUGAACCUCAAACUGGACCGUGUCAUGCAAGACAUUGUUUACAAGCUGGUACCAGGUCUACAGGAGAGUGAGGACAACCGAAUCAGAGAGUUCUAUCAGUCUCGGGGUCUGGAGAGAGUCAUACAGCCGAGUACAGUGGAAGAAUCAGUUGGGGACGUCUCUCAGUUGUCACUUUCACUCGCUGUCUCUCAGAGCACGUCACAUUAUUAUAAGAAUGAUGAGCACGUCUGCUUGUGUCUGGAGAAAGUGAGUUCUGGUAAAGACAAAAAGAAAUUUAUUCUCCAGCAGAAAUACGUACGAUGCUCAGUACGCUCUGAAAUCCGUCACUUACGCAGGGUUCUAUGUCACCAACUUAACGUGUCACCCCCAAGUGUGCAGCUGCUGUUCAACAACCAGACUCUCCCUGAUCACAUGACAAUGAAACAGUUAUGGCUUACGCAUUGGUAUGGCAAGCCGGCACCCCUCGUCCUGUCCUACAGUGUGAAGGAGAAGCGGCGGUGACUGUGUUUGAUCUCCCUUUUGUAAAUAUUGCCUCCCUAGUGUGUAUAUACAGACAGAUAUAUCUAUUUCCUGCAGCACCACCGUCUGGCACAGACAUCAGCUGGAGCAGUGUUGGACAAGCAUAGCUGGACAGCGCAGCUUACGUCUCAGAGCUCGCGCCUGAUUGACCUACACAGCCAACAACAUUUGUACUGUAGCCUUGCACAGACCGCUAGAUGUCCAGUGGUGACUCAGCAACCAGUGUGCCUUAUUACUAUGUACAGUGUGAAUUAUUCUAAGCUGAUGGUUUUAUUUUGUCAUUUUAGUAAUAAAGAUCUAUUACAAUA